AUGUUGGUUAGACUCCAGCACCCUCCAGCUUUAAUGCACCUCUCUCUCUCUCUCUCUCUCUCUCUCUCUCUCUCUCUCUCUCUCUCUCUCUCUCUAUCUGACAUGGAGAUGAAAACAAGAGUAACUUCAGGAUAUAAACUUGUUUGACUUUUUUCCCACUUCAUCAAAACACAUUCAACAAACACGAGCAGGCUCUGAGGCAAAUGAUCCAGGGUGCUCCUGCGUUAGGUAAGGCCUGAUGUAAAGUCAAGAGAAAUAGCUACUGGGUAAGUAUAGUAUGGGAUCGUAAGAGUCUGACGCCUUUCUCGAAUGAUUUAUGCCAGAAUGGAGCCAGUGGUUUUGGUUUGACAUUUCACAAUUUCUUUUAGGUUAUCUUGGACACUACAGUCCCUGCUCUAAGGAGAAGAGGGACCACGCAGCUUUUCAUGAGCUCACAGUCCAAAGCCAGCAUUCCUGAUGGUAUGGGGAUCUUUAGUUUCCAUGGAAUGGGUAGCUUACACAUCUGUGAAGACUCCAUUGAUGCUGAACAAUAUAUAGGGGAGGAGUGGGGUAAGAUGAGCCAUUAUUCAUAUUUUGGAUCACUACAUCAAGGCAAUCAUAGUUUUGUCUCUAAUUAGUGUAUCUGCAUAUAUUUCAAGAUGUUGUUCAUCCCUGCAAACCAACAGAUUGAGUGUAAACAUAACUGUCUUGACAAUAUAGCAUGCCAAAAAAGUGGUCUCCUAUUGUCAACCUACCCCAUGUAUGGGGUAAGUUGACCAUAGGAGUGGGGUAAGUUGAGCCGUAUCCCUACUACUCCCCCACUCUCCACCCCAGCCCUCCCUCACCUUCUCUUUCCCUAAAUAACAGUCACUUCUUCACACUUGUGUGUAUUUUUAUCUAUUAUACUCUAUUCAACUGGUACAAUAAUUCUUUUUAUUAUUAUUGCAUAUAACUGCUAAAAAGUUGUUUUGUAAAAAGUCAUUUUAACAUGAGAAUGCCCUUAAGUGAUUCAGAACAUUCACAGCUGUAUUUUUGAAAAGAAAAAGUAAAACAUUUGAACAAUCUGAACUGAAACUCUGAUCCUCUGAUCAGACUCCUUUACUUUCUCAGUUGAACCACUGGCUCAUCUUACCCCAGAACUACUAUGAUGACUUUAUUAGUCCUCUAAACUAAAAUGGUGGACUUUUAUGCUAGGUUUUUGACCUCAUGUUGUAGCUCAUAGAUACCACAAUUGAUGUAUAAAACAAAUUUAAAAUGAUCUUUUUUGGUUUAAACACAAUUCUAAUAAACUUAUUCACUAAAUUCACUUUCAAAAGUGAAAAAUGUUUCUUUUUUGGAAAUAAAUGUCUAACCCCUUCACCCAUGUGCUUCUAACCUUCACAGACUCCAUGAAUUGAUGCCCAUCUCAUAAAAAAUUGGUCACAUGAGCAAUUUCUUUUACCAUUUCCAAGCAACAGGGGGUGGCUCAACGUACCCCACUCUCCCCUACAGGUUCAGGAGUAACAUAUGCUGCCAUCCAGAUAAGGACUUUUCCAGGUAAGACUGUCAUAUUUCAGCAAGUCAAUGCCAAACCGCAUUCUGCAGGUAUUAUAACAGCAUGGCUCUGUAGUAGAAGAGUCCUGCUGCUAAACUGACCUGCCUGCAGUCCUGACAUGUCACCCAUUGAAAAUAUUUGGAGCAACAUGACACAAAAAUAAGACAAAGGAGACGCUGAACUGUUGAGCAACUGAAAUCCGAUGAUAUCAGUCAAGAAAGGGACAACAUUUUACUUUCUAAAGUCCAGAAACUGGUCUCCUGGGUUCACAAUAUUUACAGAGUGUUGGUAGAAGAAAAGAUGACGAGACACAAUGAGAAACAUGACCAUGAAACUACUUUUAAGAAACAUAAAUAUGUGUUUCUAUUGAGCAUCUUUUUUUUGAAGAUAAAACAAUUAUUUCAUCCACUAAUUCAAUUUUAUCAUUAAACGUUGAUAUCAUAUUGAUUUGGUAUUGACAUGUCUUUGCUCUAUUUUUGUCUAAAUAUUGACUUUAAAUAUUCUACAAACCAUCAAAAUCUGUUUUAUCAACAAAUUCCACAGUAUCCAAACUAUUAUGCAAAAGGGUUUCACACGCUAAUAAAUCAAUCAUCUCUCAACCGUUUGGGUUUCAUAACGGAGGAACACACACACUCAAACCGAGGGGGUAGGGGGACGUAAACACACAGUGUAUCACACUCACACAAGCACACACAUAUGCGCGCGCUCCUACCUGCUUCAGUAGUUUCUCCAUCUCUGUCUCAUUCAUACGGUCGCGUGCGCUCUGGCACGCAGUCCGUUCACGGCCCCCUCGUGCACGUUCCGGUCCGGUUUGCCUCUCCUACCAUCUCGGUCCAAUCCAGACAGACUGACCACACAGAUUCACCACAGAGUAGCAGAACCCCGAACCGAAUCGAACCGAACCGGAACCGAACGGAGCCGAGUGGAUUCCCCCACUCAACACAGGCAGAAAUCCCUGGUUUGGGUCCGACAGUCCAGUCCAGAGAACCUCUUACCUGUUUAGUGUCCGAGUUUAGUCUUGCGAAUAGAGAGCCGGUCCUGCACCGGAACACUGAUGGACCAGGGCAGCGCGUGCCGCCGAAGGGGAGGCUGCUGCAGGGCGCCAGCCAAUCAGAGAGCGAGGAGAAGCAGAAAGCGAGAGUGCAAGGAGAAAGAGAGAGAGAGAGCGUGUUCCUCCGGAAUCAGACAUUUAAUUUUCCUCUGCAAACACAAAAUGGUCUAAAUCAUGUUCUGUCGAAUUUCUGCAAAACUUUUUAUUUUUUAUUAUGGAGUCUGAGUCUUUCAAUUACCUUUGUUUUAACAGGACAAAUAAAUAAAAAAGUUUUAAGGAUUUUUUCAGGAGGAAAAACGGAGCAACAUCAAAGAUAUAGGCAGUUAUCUGUUGUAACCCUGGGCACCUUCUAGUCACAUCAUGUUUAACUUUUAAUAUAAAACCACCUGGAGCAUGAUUCCAGGACAACGCCUGUAAAAGACAAAGCUGCAGGUUUGUUGAAUAUAGUCACUGAACUUCGCAUGUUAAGACUUUUCUCUAAGUCAUCUUUAAGUUGAGGUUCAUUUAUUCUCACAACACUAAAAGAAAAAUCACAGAAAAACAGGUGGAUUAAUAAAUCACAUGUCUGGUUGAGGUAGAAACCCAAAGAGGCGUUUCUCAAAACCUCACCUAGAGAGAGAAAAAGAAAGAAAUAAUAUAAAACAUAAUAAAUGUAACUGUAAAAGUAAGUUGUCAGCUAACAGAUACAUUUUAAUCAAGUAUGCUCAGAUAGCACCCGUAAUGUCAGCGAGUCAUUAUCUGCUUUUACUUUCAUACUGAAGCCAAACCUCUACAGAAGAAAAGGAGAGCAAGUAAAAAAGAUGAAGCUGUCAUUAAAGGGAUAUUCCAGUGUAAAAUUAAUUUGGGGUCAAACACACUGUAACACUGUGUUUAGACACCCCCUUGAGAGAUGAAUGUUGCCGACCACUUGCUUCUCUAGUUAUACUAACUUUAGUAAUAACCGAAGUUUGGUGCUGUUCUUAGUAUUAUUUGUGGCUAUAGAGUGGAGUGUGUGGCUCCUGGGACCGCUGUGUAUUGCUAUCCUUUGGUUGUUACUAAAGUUGGUAUAACUAGAGAAGUCGGCAACAUUAAUCUCUGAACGGGGUGUCAAACUCGAUGUUACAGUGUGUUUGACCCUAACUUAAUUUUACGCCGCAAUAUCCCUUUAAAUAAGCAUGAAAAGUUUUCCAUGGUAAGAUUUCCACCAAUCCCACUUAAAGCCAGUUAGCCUCCAACUAACUUGUCUGUCACUUUUUUUGUUGUUGUUUUGGCAGUAAAGCAAGUCUCCUCCUGGGCUCUUUCUCUGAGACAAGGACAACUGUCUAGUUUAGUUAACUGCCAAAUUGAGCUGUAGAUGUUGCUUGACUUAAUUGUGCAGGUAAAUAUACAGACAGGUAAAAAUUGCUAAAUACUGUCACUGUGAACCUGUUGUCUAAAUGCAAAAUAAUGUAAUUUUCAACAUGCAUUUAAAAAUUCAAUUGAUUGCAUGCACAUGAGGAAACCUCCAAUGCCAUAAAAAUGGAGCCAGCGAAAAAUGUAAAAAAAAAAAAAAAUGCACUUCUCUGAGUGUCCACUAGAGGCUGCGUCCAGCAUUGAGUCAGACCCCAUAGAGCCUCCUGUAAAAAGUCCAGCUUUGCAGCAGAAAUAAACAUGUUUACAGCCUGGCACAGAGGCAGAUUAGAUCCUUAAAGCUUGUCUCUAUAUUUAUGAUAUCCUUUCUGAGUGAAUUUCUAUGUACUUUUCUCUUUGCCUUACACAAAAGCCUAAAGUUAUGAAGCAUGGCAGCUUUUAGUAUUGAUUGGAUACAGCCAGUUUUCACCCUCCAGCAUCUUUAUGGUUUUGAAACUUUUUUAGUACUCUUCAUGUAAACAUCAGACAACAAAUAGACUUAUAAUGAAUAAAAAGAUCUGAUCACGAGCUGACCACCAGUAGCAGCCAGUUGCCAAACUGCAGGAUUUAUAUGUGCUGUUAGAAGAUGAACAUAAGAUAGCUACAUGCAUCCAUCAUUUACAGGCCUUAUGAGCAUGCAUGCCAAAUUUGAACAGUGCAUACUCAACGUUUCAUAUUCCAGCAGAGAUCUGUUUGAGUUUGAUGGCUGAUGAGCGUUCGCGUUAACAGGAUGUCAGUUUUGAUCUGUAAAUGUCAGAAAUAUUCCUGAUUAAAUAUGACGUGCGAGGUUCUUCCAGGUCAUCUUUUACACCCACGUUUUAAUUAAAAGAUCAAAUAAUGUGAUGAAAACGCUUCACCAUCAGCUCACUGACUCCAGUUUAAAGUCUCAGCCGUGGGCUAACAAGCCAAGCAGCUGUCAGACGUUUCAUCGUUCACAUCCCAGACCUGUUUGUCUCUCUGCUGGAAGACUCUAUCCUGAUAACAUGUCCACUCUUUAUUUAUAUCUUGUGUUUCUCAGUCCAGCUCCCAGGAGAUGCUGCAGCAACUUAUUUUACCUGCAGGAGAAAGACUCACCUGUCCUCUAGGUAACACACAGUGUGAGAGAGAGGUGGGGACAUACAUCACAGCCACAGACAGAGCAAAAUCUGUCACUAAAGAGCCUGUUUGGACGUACAAUGUGUAGUUUAAGGCCACAGGACUGUGGAGCGUCUCCCAUUAAUGCACAUAUCCAGCAGGUCUUUCUAAAGCAGCAGCCAGAGGACGGAGUAAAAACUCCCUUCACAUGAAUAAGUUUACAGUGAGUUUUUGAUAAGUGUUGCUUGUAUGAAUCCCAGUAUCAGCCAUAGAACAUGAUAAGAUAUAUAAAAGAGUUAAUAACCAAAAAUUUAAAUAAAAACCUGAAAGAAUCUCAAUAAUAAACAAUAUUUACAUUAUAUGUGUAUUUACAGGAGAUGCUCCACAGUCAGUGUUUUUGAGGGGAUGUUGUUUGAGUUUCAUAUCUUAAGUAAGUGUUUCAGCAGCAAUGGAUGUUGGUCAGCUCGGCCUCUUUAAUGAAAAACCAUGGAGAGAACCAGCAUGCAUUUUGCUUCAUCUCGCUUUAGUUUUUGUAAAUUGUAGCCUAUAUAUGUAACUUACUUCAAGGGACCCACAAAACUUGAUAGCCAACUUGAUAAGGUCAAAUGUUGGUGAUUUUCAAGAAAUGCAGAACCGAUUUUUAAUGGAGGUAAAGCUCAAGCUUCUUCCUUGGUCAGAAGUAUUUGUCUCUUUGAAGCUGUGGACUGAUGCGCUGAACACGUCUGCAAAUAGUGCAGAAACACAAGGACUUUCUGAUGUCAAAGUAAAGUGCUGAAACUGAGAUGAGUGUCUGAAUAGACUUGGCCCUGUCUGCAGAAAACUGUAGCUUAGCCUGUGUGCCGAUUCUCCCUGCAGGAGGAACUGAACAUCAACUGUGGCUUAAACACCGAGUAAAGACAUGUAACUCUUGAAAUCUAAAUUUAAAGAAUACUGAAAUAUCCCUUUAACAUUCAGUUUUCAUUUAUUUGAGGUGGCUUGAUUGAGUUUGCUUUAAAUCUGCAGCAGCUUUGCACUGAGGUUACAGUGCAUUGCAGUGAGUUUCAAUGUGAGUAUUCAGAUGAUUAAUAAGAUGUCUACAAUGAGUUUGCAGUAAGUUGAGAGUGAACCUGCAGUGACUUUGCAGUGAGGUCAGCACCAAGUAUACGCAGUUAAAAGUGGUCAUACAUUUUACAGUUGGUUUACGGUAAACAAGACCAUGCAAUUUGCAGUUUAAACUUCUUUAAAGGUGAAAUGAAGUCUGAUUAAAGUGUGUACUCAGAUUAAUUUUGACUGUUUAAUCUGGUCUUUGUUGUUUGAUCCAGUUUUGCCAUAUUAAGAGAAUUUCUGUCCUCUGACUGUAGAACAAUGUACUGAAACACACGAGGCAGCACUGGUUUAGAUCAGCCCACAUCUGUGCAGAACCAAGAGAGAGAGGGAGGGAGAGAGAGGCGAUGCAGAUGGUCAGAUGAUAUUGUACCUGCUCUGCAGUAUUGUCCUUAUUGUCUUUCAGCUGCAGCAGGGACCUCACAAGUCCACGCACACACACAUGCACGCGCACAGGCAGAGUAAGGUCAGUAAUGCAUCAGACUUUGAAGCUGAUAGAUUAUUGAUCAAGGGCCAAGAUGGAUGAUUCCACUUCUCCUGCUGUCCUCAAACAUUACCUGAAGAAAGUGGAAGAGAAGGAGGAAGAGAGGACAAGUAUUUCUCUCUACUCAGAGCCUUUUCUGCCUCCUACUGGACAAUAUCUGAACUGCAGCUGAUCCAACAUGAUCAGAUCAUUUCAGGUCACGACCCCAUACAACUUUAAACAUAACAAUUAUGACAAUAUAUUACAAUCAUGACUAUGAAUGUGAUUACAAUUAUGAUCAAUGAGAAUAAUAAUAACACAAAACUGCGUCUUGAAGUCAUUUUCCUCACUGGCUAUAUCAGCAUUUUAGAUAUUCAAGCCUGUAAUAAAACCUGUCUAACUAUUAUAUAAAUAUCCAUAUUAGCUUAACUUGGUGCUGAAAUUUAUAAAACUUCCACUUUUAAACCAUAUUUGAAUGUUUUUAACAGUGACUAUAUCCCUUUUGAAAAAGUCGUUUCAACCAGUAAAUAUUCCCAGAAGGUGCUGACCUCAGUGAGUCCUUCAGCUUACAGGGACAUGUCACAGUUUGAGUCUUCCGGUUAUUUCUAAAAAUGACAGAUAAAAAGAGGAGCUCACUGAGGUCACGUUGAUGUAUGUACCAAACCUACAAACUCCUGUUCUGUGUCUGCAGCAACAGAUAGACCUCAGUGACACUACUGGGUAAUGUUACACACUGCUGAUGGACUGGGGGGACAGGUGAAGGACAACCAAGUCAUAUGACACUUCUAUUGCCAUGGAAACUUGGUGCAUUUUUUUCAACCUUCGCUAUUAGAGUGUUUCCUUUGUAAGAAAAGUCUGGACGCAGAAAACUAUAAACAAGUUCCUAAAGUUUUAGAGCUAAAUGUACACUCUUGGUUUGGGGCAGUGGUGUAGUCAGGUGAUCGCCCUCCUUGUGCCCUCAUGUCUGAAAAAAUGCCAAGUACAGAUAAAAAUGUAUAAUUGCCUCCUGGAUGCCCUUCCAGGAUAAAUACUUCAAAAUACUUUAAAUUGUAAAACAGGGCUCUCUGAAUGCUUUUCCAGUGGAUAAAAUGUAUAACAGUGCCUUCUAGAUGCACUCCCUGUAAAUAGAAACAUGAAAAGUGCCUUCUGGUUUCUUUCACAGUAUUGAAGGUAUUUAAAAUGAUUCUGGAAACUAAAUUUAUUGUCCAUCAACAUUUAGUUUUUAAAAAGUGUCCUCUGAUUUCCCUUCCCUGUAAACAUUUUUAAAAUUACUGUCCAGAUGCCUGAAGAGUAUAUAAAACAUUUUACUGAACUCUGUGGUUGCCCUUCCAGUAAGAAUCCGCCUAAAUAGAUGCUCUUGUAUAAGAUUUUCAUUUUCUUUAGUUACAGCCUUUAUUAGAUUGGACAGUUAAAGACAGACAUGAGGACAACAGGUGCCAACUUCCACUCUUAUGUUUGCUGGGAAGUGUCCCCAGUUCUCCUAUACAACAUGAGGAGGUGAUUCAAUCACUCUUAAUGUUGGCAAGGAAAGCAAUCGUGGUAAAGUGAGUUGGAGAUGACCCACCUUCUGUUCUGUUGUGGAAAUCUCUGAUAUGUGAGGUUGUGACUCUUGAAAAAUUGGGACAUUACAUAAACGGAAGGAUUCAGACGUUUCAAGAGAAAUGGAAGAAACCACUGGAACUUCUUGGAGCUACAUUUACUGUGUAGCUGAACUAACUGGACAUACGUUUAAAAUGACACGUCACCGGAGUAUGACCUAUAGGUGUCUCACUCACUGGACCUAUUUUCAUAUUGUUAAUGAGCUGUGCUUCUCUUUUCAUUAAUGAACCACUUUUGUAAAUUUGUAAAGUUUGUAAUUAGAUUUUUUAUAUGCUUCUGGAAGACAGAAUAAAAGUUUUCGAGACAGACAGGAGAUGUUGUGAGCGGAGCAGGGGAGGGAAUCCAACCAUUAACCACUGCGGUGUGGUCUAUAGCCUCUUAACAUGGGGCCCUUCAACUGCCGCCACCAGCCCAUGUUAAACAUGGGUUAAAACGUGGCCUCUGCAUGCCUUUCCUGCACAUAAAACAUUUUUAAAAUACCCUCCUGAUGCCCCAUGAUAUCAUAAAUGUUUAUUUAAAAACUAGCUGUCCUUACUUUUUAAAACAUAAGAUUUGAAACAGGACAGACACACGGGCACAGAGACAGACAGUCAGACAGACAAGCAGACAGACAGACAGACAGUCAGGGGCCUCUGCAGUAUAAAGGAUCUGUUUUCUAUCUGAAGGUUGUGGAGGACGCAGAGUGAAAGUGAAGAAAUCUCUGAGCUUUCCAGAAAUGUGAGACCUUGUUAAUGGAGGGAUAACACCCACGCACCGUGCACACAGACUCAAACACACACACACAAAGUCUUCCUCGAGUCGCAAAGUGUGGUGACUUCCUGAGGUUUUUCUCAUCGCUAUAUCCUGUCCUUAAAUGUCAGAGCAGCAGUGUCAGCCAAUCAGAUAGCAGAAUUACACGCAUAUACACACACAUACACACAUACACUAACACGUACACACAGCUCUCAGGUUGUAUGAAGGACAGGCAGUGUUAUUGCCCUGGUUUAAGCUCCUCUAUACAGUAGGUCUGCUGUUCCUGUAUGUAGGCUAACACUGACUCACACUUCAGCAGCUUUAGACUCUCAAAUGAACCACGAGCUAAAGUCCUAUAUGCAGAUUGUUUGUUAUUUAUUAUAUUUGAAAGUAAAGAAGAUCUUUUAUCUUCAUUUUAACUUUUCAGUCGAUUAGUCUUAGACACCUUUGAUGUAGCUUUGCAUGAUUUUAACUAAAAAAUAAAAAUCCCUAAUUUAUCUCAUGGCGUCUAUAAAAACUUGGGUUUUCACCUCACGGGUGUUGCUUUUAACAUACAUCGCUGUCUCAGAUUUUACACUGAUUUUUAUUGUUUUUUUACUUUGUACAAAGCUCAUGUAAAAUUAAUAUUUGCACAAUUUUGAGGUGAUACUUUUUACAAAGCUAGGGGGUGUUACUUAACACUCACCCUUGUGGUUUUGCAACAACCUCUGAAGUUGUGCUUUGGCAGAAAAAAUCAGAUCACACAAAAAUGUUUCUUUCCAUAGAAGAGUUUGACACAGAUGGAGUAGUAAACUUUUUUUCCUCAGUUUGAGGGUGUUACUUUUCACACAGCCUUUAAGUUUUGCAACAACUCUGGAAGUUUUGCUUUUUUUGGAGGGGGGGCACAAACAGCUACGUUGUGGCUGUUGCUUCCCACUGUUUUCUGGAGCUUUCUUUGGUAAGAGAGAAUAGCUCAGACUUUCCACUUAGAGAAACUUUUAGAGACAGACUGACAUUGAUUUUUUUUUUUUCAGUCUGAAGCCAGAAACAUAAAGCUGCUCUUGGUAUGCUGAGACCUCCCACCAAUUCAGCUUUAUAAGAGACACACAGUCAGCAGACAAACAGAAGGACUCACCUGGAUUUAACUCUGACGAGGAUUUCUUUGUCUCUCUUCAUGCUGGUAAGGACAAAUGAAGCUUAUCCCUGAUUAUUAAUCAAAAAUAACAUAGAAAAUUCAAACAACUUAAAUUCAUUUCAAAGUUUUCUAUUUUGUUUUAUCAUCAGUAAAAAAAAAAAAAGGUUCUAUUCACAUUUUGGUACAUUUCUCCAAAGGUCCUGCACAUAAAUGCAUUCUUAUCAGCUAAAUUCAGAACAUGAACAAUAAAUAGAAACAAAGUGUGUAUUACAUAAAAUUACAUGUAAAUAAUGUAAAAAAAAAAACACAAGCAGAAAAAAAAAAAAUAAUUGUAGAGGAAAUAACCCAUAAAAAUCAUGAACAAAUGCAUAAGUGUUACUGUGGAUAAAGGCUUUGUAGUCAUGUGUUUAAAAUAUAUUAAGCAAUUAGGACAAAAACAAAAAUUUAAAUCAACUUGUUUAUGAAUGUUCUGCUGCUGUUAUGUUUUAGAACAAAUGAAAACUUUUUUUUGACUGUUGUUGUAUGUACACUCUUAAAUACUAACAAUAUCCAUGCUGAAUGCAAAUAUUAGAACCAAAGAUCAUAGGUCCUUCAAUAUGAUGGCUGAUGAAAAGAUUUAAUUGGACAGAAGGAGAUUAGGAAAUCAGAAUCUGAUGAAAUUGUUCAUAAUCUACUCCUGUUACUAAAUGUGGAAUCCCACAGGGCUCAGUUAUGGGACCAUAAGUAUUCCUAAUUUUAAGUUUUAUUUUCUCAUGUCUUUUAUUUUAAAUGGUUUGUGAAUAAAUAAACAACUUUCAAAUUUGUAAAAAAAACAAAAAAAAAACUUGAAAUUGUAUUAAAGUCCACAUUUUUUUAAAAAAUUCAAACUCAUUAAAAAUUAAAUUUAAAUACUGAGAGAUAAAAAUCUGCCCUACGUCAAAUGUUUGAGAUGUAUCUAAUUUAAUUUCAAAAUUGAAAAUAAAUCAUUAGAUUUUAUAACACAAUAAUCAAAAUCAGAAAAAGUCUUAUUUUUGUGUUGGCUUACUGUCCAUCUUGGUCUUACAGGUUGACGAUUUCAGUUGCAGUCAUGCUUGUCCGUCAUUGCCAGCAACAGAUCUUGAGUGAUGUUUGGACUCGGUCCUGCUUACGACACUUCCUGCUGGAGUUCAUAGGCACCGCCCUCUUUUUAUUAAUCAGCCUAUCAGCUGUCCUGAUUCUUCCUGCACCUACUGGAAAACUGCAACUGGAUCCAAAGAUGGAGAGCGGCCAGGGCAGUCUGUGCCACCUGUGCAACAUCAGCAACCAGAGCAACCUGAGUGAGCGGAUGAGCGCAAGAAACCAGUGCAACCAGAACAUCCACCUGACCCCACUCUCUGUCCAAUCAUUAGGCUAUCUGCAGGUGGCGCUGGUGUUUGGUCUUUCUGUUGCCGUGGCAGCAAUCUGCGUGGGUGGGGAAGUCAGCUUGAAUCCAGCAGUUACUGUAGCAAUGGCCCUCAACCUUAGGCUCCACCUGUGGAGGGCCCUAUUGUAUGUGAUUGGACAGCUCUUGGGGGGCGUGGCCUCUGCUGCACUACUGCUAGGACUGACUCGGGACGUUACUCCAGCUCUCAACAAGGUGAGCCUCUAUGUGGUCACUCUACAGCCAAUUAAAGAACAGCUGGAUAUGUUAUCAACCAAUCUCUGUUACAGGUCGCUCCAGGUGUUCAGCUUCAUCUUGCUGUCGCCAUUGAAGCUUUGGCGGCCUUUCAGCUGGUCCUUGUUGUCCUGGCUACAGUAGACGCUAACCUUUCCCCCAUAGUGUGUAAUCUGCUUGUCGGCCUGUCUGUCAGCCUGGGUCACCUGAUGGCAGUAAGUCAUGCUGUAGAAUUAUGACACCUGUUGUGCCUCAACAGGCCACGCCCCCUCUACACCUAAAUGAAAAAAAAAUUAUGUUAUACCUAAAUGUUGAGAGCUACAAUAAAAUCAUGUUUUGACCAUAGUCAUGGUGAUAUCAAGAAUUAGAAACAGAAAAUAUUUGACAAUUUCAACCUGUUUUUUUACAGUUUAUAUAUUUGCAUAGAAAAAUAUGUAAACAUGAUAGGCUCACUUCAUUGUUCAAGAAGUUUGCAAACAUUGCUUUGAGAUAUUUUGAUCUGCUGAAAACUGUGCCAAACUCAAAAAUGUACAAAAGUAGUCUGCAACGAAUAAUUGUAAUCACCAUGGCUACGCCCAUUUCUUUUACCAAGUUGAUGAUCUUUUCUUCAGGUGGGUGCAACAGGUUGUGGGAUGAAUCCAGCGCGUUCAUUUGGCCCAGCCAUCAUCACUCUAGAUUUUAACAACCAUUGGGUGAGAACACACAUGCAAACACACACCCAAAGGCACAGUAACCCGCUGUACACUCUGUUUUGAUUGGCUGUUUUUGGAUUUCUGUAGGUGUUCUGGGCGGGGCCUGGUCUGGGGGCAUGUCUUGCUGUUAUCUGUAACGACCUGUUGCUUCGGCCACGCUGGCAUCACCUGAGAGACUGGUGGUCUGAGCUGAAACAGCUGUAUGUAAUGACAAACAAGGAGCAGCAGGUGGUGCUGUCACACUGUCCAUGACAAAUACACACACACACGUACACACAUGCACACACAAUUUCUUCUAUUCAGUUACAGUUGUACUUAUGACCUAAGCAGAACAUUUGCAAUACAUAAAGUUGCUGUUUACAGGAUUAUUAUCUCUAUU